AUGGCUGCCGACCCGGGGAGGGACGGGGACAGAGGCGGAGGAGGGGAUGCGCCCCGCUCCUCCGACAUCGCCGCCAACCUCGAGCAGAACCUCGAGCAGCUCACCAUCGACCUGCCGAGCCACAUGGAGCAGGACAUGGGCAUCCCGCUUCAGGCGCUGCGCCGAGCCGAGGCGCGCGCCGCUGCUCCCAAUGGAGACGGCCAGCAACCCGCCCCCAGCGCAGGGGACCGCGGCGAGUGCCAGCUCGCCUUCACGCAGGGCGACGUCCGGAUCAACAGUGCGCGGGCGCGUGCGCACCCCCGGGGAUCAGCGCCAGUCCCCGGUGCGGCGGCAGUGGCUGAGGACGCCGCGGGUGAUCGGGAAGACCGCGCGAGCCUGGCCGACCUGCAGCAGUUGCGAAACUUCGAGUGGUGGAGCGGGUCGCCAGCGGAGGCCCUGGGUUGCUUGUGCAAUUCCACCGAGGCCCUCCUCCUGAACCAGGCGGCGACCCUCCAGGACGUGCCGGGCUCCUUGAAGCUGGCCGUCGGGGAAGCGCGGGAGGCCUCCGCCCAGGCCGUGCUCGACGCCACCACCGAUGAGGGAAAGCUGGGUGCCUGGAGGUGUUCUCUCGCCUUCGAUCGGAUGAUCUUCGGGGAGCUGUUCGAGGAAGGCGAGGUGCAGCCGCGCAGCGUGGCUGAGAGGGUGGCCGGCCGUCUCCGCGACUUUUGGGAUGGAAGGUGGGAGGCCUUACUCCGGGACACAGCUGUGUCCACCAAAGCCGCAGCCGGCCCCAGCACCAUGGGCACGACAGUGCAGAAGGUCCGCCGGCUCCUGCUGAAGGGCGAGAUCUCCCGGGCUGCCUCUGCAGCGUGGGGGCCUGGCCGGUGGGCUACAGCUGCGGAUGCGCUCCGGGCGUUCGGGCAGCAACAACAACACCCGCCGCAGCAGGACCCACAGUACGACCCCGGGGGUGCGCCUGACCCCGUGGCGGCCGCGCGGCUCCGAGAAGACGUCCAGGCCUACCUGACGAACAAGUGGACCAAGACACCCCGAGGCGCCGGCGCGGGGGUGCAGGGCGACCGGUUCGAGCACUGGCAGCCGCUCGCGCACCUCGAGGCACGGGGCGCGGCCACAGCGGCAGUGCUCUCGAUGCUGCUGGGGGGCGUGGUCCCGGCGGAGGCCCUAGACGUGGCUCUGGCAGGCAAGCUGUUGGGCACGGCCAAGAAGGACGGUGGCACAAGAGUGUUAGCAUGCGGGGCCAUCGCGCGGCGCAUGGUGGCCAGGGCCGUGUGCACUGUCCGCUCCGACAGCAUCCAGAGGGCUGUUUCCGAGCUUCAGUACGGGGUCGGUGUUCCGUGUGGGCUCGAGACGCUGCACAAGAGCAUCUCCGCAGAUGCAGAGCAAUGCCCAGACUUGGCCUUCAUUUCGCUGGACCUCAAGAGCGCGUUCACCCGUCUGCGUCGGAGGGCGGUGCUGCGCCGCGCGCGGGAGCGCUGCCCGCAGCUGGAGGGCCUGGUGGUGCAGUGGUACGGCCGCGCGACGGUGCACUCUGCCGCGGGGGCCGGCGGGGUGUCCCACCUGGUGGAGCAGCAGGAGGGCCUCGACCAAGGGUGCCCCCUCAACCCAGCGCUUUUUAGCAUCGUCCUCGCCCCGGAGCUCUCCGCCUUGCGGGACUUCCUACGCACCCUGGACCCUCGCUGCAAGGUGUGGGCUUACCUGGACGACGCCUACCUGACGGUGCCGAAAGCCGACCUGCACCAGGCGCUGGAAAAGGCAAGCGCUCUCUUUGCCGACUUGGGCCUCGAGCUGAACACGAGCAAGAGGAAGGUCUUGUGCCCAGACGGCCAGGUCGCCGCGAUGCCCGACGGGGCAGAGGCAUGGGUCGUGGACGAGCUGCCCUGCCUGGGCAGCACCGUGACUUUCGUCAGGGCCCGGCACGACGCGGACGACGAGGAGUGGAGGGAUACGCUCGCAGAGGUGUUCGACGAGACCUCCCCGGCCACCUCGGCCGCGCGGCUCGCCGACUACGGGGGGGCGAUCGCAAAGCUGGAGGCGGCGGGGCUCGAGAAGCAGCACUGCUUCACCCUCCUCCACACCUGCGUGAACGGCGCGGUGACGCACCUGCAGCGCGCCCGCCUUGCGUCGCGGGGGGCCUGGCGCUCUUUCGACGACGCGGUGGUGGCGCAGAUCGAGCGCCUGGUCGGCCCGGGCCUCGCCGAGGACGGCCGCGCGGCUCUCUUCCUACCCGCCAGGGCAGGGGGGGCCGGCUUCGGUUCCGCAGAGCGCCGCGCCGACGCGGCCUGGCUGGGCUCCUGGCACGCAGUGCAGGGCGAGGUGCGGGCGCGACAGGAGAAGCCGAGCCUGGCGGAGGCAGAAGCCGCGACGCCGAAGCUGACGGCCGCUGUGGCGGAGGCGAAGGCUCGCCUCUGGGCAGGCAGGGCACUGGCCCCGCUGGACCCGCGGCGCCAGGUCAAGCCACGCGUCUACACGAAGCAGCGGGCGGCCCGCGCGCACGCCGAGCUCCAGCACCUCCUGGGAGACGACGAGUUCGCGGUCGCGUUGCGGCGGCGCCUGCUGUGCCGCGACCCAGCGGGCCAGGGCGGCGCCCCGUGCCAGAGCGCGGCCGCGUCCACGGGCGCGCAGUGCGGGGCCAGCACGGCGGGGCCCCACGCCAGGCACGCAGCCGUCUGCCAUGUCGGGCCUGGCUUCGCGCGCCGGCACCACGGCGUCCGCGACCAUCUGGGCGAUUGGCUGGCGGAGCGCCAUGGCACCCAGUCCGUGACGAUCGAGCAGCGCAUCCCGGCCUGGGACGCAGUGACCGCGGGGGGCACCCAAGCAGCCGUCCUCGACGUGGUCCUGGCGCACCCAGGCGGGCGCGCGUGCAUCGACGCGAGCGUGACAGAGGCCAUCGCCGCCGAGGGCGCGACCGCGCGCCGGCGCGCCCGCGUCGCCGGCGCAGCGGCCCGGGAGCGGGAACAGGAGAAGCACUCCCGCUACCCCGGCCCUGGCCUGGUGGCCGCGGUGGUGGAGAGCGGCGGCCGCCUGGGGCGCGAGUUCGACUCCGCGAGCACGCCCCG